AUGGAUGGAAGUAGUCAUAGUAUAACACAAUUGAUCAGAUUUCUUCAUAGUUUACGAACAGACAAUACUAGACAAUCUUCAAAUCGACCAAUUAAUGCUCUUUUGAUUAUUGAUGUACAAAAUGAUUUUAUCAAUGGAACUAUGGCUCUUCAAAAUUGUCCAUCAAAACAUAAUGGCGAGGAAGUUAUUCCAGUUAUAAAUCGUCUUCUUGAUUCAAUUAACUUCGAUUUAAUUGUUUACAGUUACGAUUGGCAUCCUAUUGAUCAUAUAUCUUUUUUUGAUAAUCUUCCUCUUCGUUCACAUUUGCUUACGAGUGAUUCAAUUUCUUUAGCUGAUCUUCGUCUUUAUUCGACAGCAACGUUUGCUAACAAUGGUCUUGAUUGUAUGAAACAAACCCUUUGGCCUCGGCAUUGUGUUCAAAAUACUUUUGGUGCUCAACUAUAUCCUUAUUUGAAAAUAAUUGAUGAAAAGAAUAAUAAAAACGUCUCAGUUAUUCAUAUACAUAAAGGAACAAAAUCCAAUAUUGAUUCAUAUUCAACUUUUUGGGAUAAUUCAAAAUUAAAUAAAACAGCAUUACAACAGCAAUUGCAAAACAAACAUGUUACUCAUGUAUUCGUUACUGGUAUAGCAACAGAUUUCUGUGUAUAUUCAACAGCUAUGCACGCACUAGAAAAUGGUUAUAAAACAUUUAUUAUCGAAGAUGCAUGUCGUGGAGUAGAUGAUGAAACUAUCAAGGAAAAUCUAUAUCACUUUACGCAGAAAAACGGUGGUGUUAUUCACUCGAGUCAAAUGAAAUACUAUAUACAGUAAUGGACGGAAUUCCGGUUUUUAUAAUCACCAUUAGACAUAAUAUUUUUAUUCAUUACUAGCAGUUUGAAAAUGUAUUAAACAUUUUAUGUACCACUUUUUAUUACCAAAAUUGCUUAACGAUUACCUUUUUUUCUGCAAUAAUAAUAUGUAGUUAAGAAUCGGGAUCUAGUUUUUCCCAUUGCUAUAGAAUAUAUAUGUCGAAGUUUAUCGUUAUUUAUCAAAACUAACUGAAACAGAGCAAGGAAAAUUACACUUAUUCAUCCUGUGAUACAAAUACAACUGUAAAUGAAAAAGUAAAAUUCAAUAUUAAAAAAUUAUCUGUUUCAAAACUAGGGUGUGAAUGUGCGUGCAGAUAAUUAAUCACACAUUCACACCCACACCCUAUUGUUAGAUAGACAUAUUAAAUCGAUAAUGAAUUCUUUAUCAGGUAUGAGAAUGGAAAACUCAUUUAUAAUAUCAUUUAUUUUUAUUAUCUGCUGUACAGAAGACUUCAUUCAUCUGAUCGAUUUACCUGAUGAGUUAAUUUUAAUUAUUAUUAGGGGUGUCAAUUUACAUUUACCUCUCAUUUAAUUUAUUCGUAAAUUUAAUGAUAAGUAAUUUAUAUUUAUUAUAAAUGUAAAUUAUUUUGUUGCAAAAUUUACAUUUAUAAAUAAAUGUAAAUUAUUAUAAUUUAGAUUUACGAGUAAAUGUAAAUUUUCAAAAUUUAUUCCGUCGACUGUAGGGAGGGUGAUAUGAAAAAAACUAAAAUGCGUAUCUCUCCUGAAAAUUUCAGCUAUCCAUACUAUUCCGUUUGCUCAGGGCAGUCAUGUGAAAAAACGGAAUUUUGCUAAAUGUAGGGACAUUCAGGAGACGCUUUGUCCCAAAAUAUGUAUUGUCUGGGGCGUUGGCUAUUGGAACUUGGAAGUACUCUCUUUGGGCUACAAUUCUGUAAAAAAAUUAGCGUGGGAUCUCCAAGAACGACUCCAGGGCACUCAUUGCAAAAUACAAAAUAAAUGCGGAAACUUCGGAUUUAAAUCCGAGAGUUAUGUGUACUUCAAAAAGUGAAUCAUACAAAUCAAUCAUCCUAGACUGUCUGAAUAUCAAAAUCAUACUGUGAAAUCUACCA